AGCGUGGAGAGGGUCGGAGCUUACCAAACGACCUCAUUCAUUUUGAAAAUAACCUCUAAAAAACCACUGAAACUACGAGGAAAUGCCUUGUCGAAAGGAGAAGUACAUUCUUUUGGAGCAAUCCGUCACCGUUGAUUCGAAAGAGGUGGACGCUCUAGUAACGAAGAUCGGCGAAGCUUUGCAGCUCCACAACAAUGCGGGUGCUAAUCAGAAGACGAUGUCAUGUCUUCACAGCCACAACAGCAACGGUAGCAGCAACGUCAAACAGACUAACAACAACGGUGCGGCAUUGCAUAGGCGGAAUGGAUGCUGUAUUAGACUACGGAAUCGAGGGCUACGGAGCCGGGCCAGCCCUUAUAACAUCCCAGGAUCCAGUGAUCAGGAAUGGGAUCGAUUCAAAUCCUGGAACCGAAAGACAGGUGACGUCUCCACCGACGAGGACGACCCCCAUCAAUUGCUCCAGGAAUUGAUUUUGUCUGGGAAUUUGAUCAAAGAAGCUGUCAGGCGCCUGCAGUUCUCUGCGUCAGAGCGUACGGAUCAUUCAAACUCUGCCGACAAUCUGCAAUGCUAAUGGGACAUGAGGAUAUUACAUGAAAUGCAAUCUUUAUUGAAAUCAACUUUGUGGACGACAGAAUGGAAAUGGUGAAAGAAACGUGUUACCUGGACCGGAGAUAAUUGUUCUAUUUAGCUAUCAGACUGAAAUAUUGAAAAUGAUAACAAUGGCAUGCUAGCUAGCUAGCUCCCUACAUGUGAAUUCUACUAGCUAAUGGCUAGCUCGCUAGCUAGCUCAUACUGUAGCUAGUCUUUUUUUGUUUCAUUUUUUACGAAUUGUUUCAAUUUGCUCAUUUUGUAACUGGUCUUUUAAUAUGAAAUGUCUGGCUAUGUUUAGACUUAUUUCUCAAUGUGUUGGCGUUUGCAAGCUAGCUCACCAGCCAACCCUUUUUCUGGUGUUGGUUAGCUCGCUGGCAACCUUUUGAAAAUAACACUGGCCUUGUUUACAAUCUGAGCUAUCAGGGCACCUACUACCUGUGUUUGUUUUGGUUCGUUAAAUUUGAGAUGGCCCAACCCAAGGUCCCUCUGAGCCUAACUAACUAGCUACUCCUCGAGUUAUAAUACAACGGCGGUGUUUUCCCCAUUGUAUCUGGACUCGUGUGACUAUUCUCCGCCAUUGGCAUGUCGACCUCCAGUGUGGGAAUGGGGGGGGGGGGAGUACUAUUCUCAAGAUUGAACUGACGUUUCUCAGAACGGUGGCCUAAAACAACGGUGGGUGGGACUAUGCUGUGGGGGGAAGGGGUUAGCAGCCACGAAGCUGAAACAAUUUUUGGUGCUUGACUUUUCGAAUUCCGACGUGGGGUUCGGUGGAUUUUGUUUUGCAUUCUGUAAGGUAAUUGACUGUACACUUCGCAACGAAGUAUUUUUUUUAAAAACACGUUUCCUGAUUUUUUCAGGGCUUCGGUGUCUUAGAUUAAUA